AUGGGUUCCCUGGGCACGAUGCUGGUCCUCCUGGCACAGUUCUGGGCCCUGCGAGGAGCCACAGGCCUGAGUGUGCAGCAGGCACCCAAGUUGCUGCAGGUGAGGCAGGACAGCCAGGUGACCUUGGCCUGCCAGGUGGUACAGGCCCAGGCCUGGGAGCGGCUCCACGUCGAAUGGACCAAGGAUGGUGACAUCUUGUGCCAGACACACAUCAUCAACGGCAGUCUCACCGUGGAUGUCUGUGGGCCUUGGGGCCGGCUCUCCUGGCAGCCGCCUGGCAAUCUCACCCUGAAGCUGGACCACGUGAGCCUCAACGACAGUGGGCUCUACGUGUGCUGGGCGACCGUGGAGAUCCCUGAUUUGGAGGAGGCCCAGGGCAGUGGGACGCAGCUCCUGGUGGAGACAGAUGGCUGGCUACUGAACUGGAGCUUCUCAGGGCUCUCCUUCGCACUGCUGGUGACUGGGGCCGUGGCCGUGGCCGCUUUCGCUCUGGGCGCCUGGAUCUGGGGCCGCCGCCGCUGCCGGAACCGAGACGCAGGGAAUCCACUCUACAGCAAUGCCCUAUACCAGCCCCGGAGGGCUCCAAGGAAGAGUGAGGCAUGGCCUGUGUAGGGGAAGGUGCUGGACAUCUCCAGCAAGAAUCAGA